AUGCGGCCUCUGCUCGACCCGGAUACCGAGCGUGUAAGAUCGACCCUGCAACCCAACCACAGGAGCCCUCCCUUGAUCCACACCGAGACCCGCGACUCGAUCACCAUUCUGCGCAUGGAGCACGGCAAGGUCAACGCGGUCGACAUCAAGCUCUUUCACGCUCUCGACGCAGCCUUCGAUCGGGCUGUCGAGUCCGAUACCCAAGCCAUCGUGCUGACCGGCAGCGGACCGAUCUUCUCGGCCGGGGUCGACCUCUUUCAGGUGCUCGAAGGCGGCGCCGGCUAUCUGCGGCAGUUCCUACCGGUGCUGUCGGCGAGCGUGCAGAAGGUGUUCACUUUGCCGCUGCCGGUAGUCGCAGCAGUCGGUGGCCACGCUCUGGCCGGCGGCUGCAUCCUGGCGGCGGCCUGCGAUCGGCGGGUGAUGAGCCGCGGCAAGGGCAAGAUCGGUGUCACCGAGCUGGCCGUUGGCGUGCCUUACCCGGCAAUGGCCUUGGAGGCGCUACGCUGGCUGCUACCGCACCAGACAGUGCAAGAUCUGGUCUACGCCGGCCGCAUGCUCAACGCCGAGCAGGCGCUCGACUGCGGCCUGGUCGACGAGCUCGCCGGCGACCCCGAAGCCACCGUUGAGCGAGCGGUCGAGAUUGCCACCGGCUUCGGCCGCAUCCCCCGCGACAGCUUCCUGCUGGCCAAGCGCCAGCUCCGCCAACCGGCACUCGACCGCGCCAAGGCAAUGGCCGACCUCGACGACGAGGUCAUAGAGGUGUGGAGCCGCCCCGCGACCCUCGACAUCAUCCGCCGAUUUCUCGACAAGACGGUCGGACGAAAGUAA